AUGCUAAGAUCAGCCUUCCCUCUCGUCUUCCAGUUGCCGCACAGGAAACCGCCCCCAAUCCGCCCACCCCGCCCACAACCUGUUCGUCGGUAUGCCUCCCCCGCCGCCGCCGCCGUCCCGCCGCCGCCUCCUCCGCCACGGCCGCUCCCCCCUGCAUCCGCCUACGUGCACCUCCCCUUCUGCCGCAAGCGCUGCCACUACUGCGACUUCCCCAUCGUGGCGCUCGGCUCCUCCGCGGCCUCCCCCGGCGGCGCGGGCGACGGCGAGGACCCUCGGAUCGCCGACUACGUGCGCCUCCUGCUCCGGGAGGUGGCCGCCACGCGUCCCGUCUCCGACGACGGCGUGCCGCUGCAGACCAUCUUCUUCGGCGGCGGCACCCCGUCGCUGGUCCCGCCGAGGCUGGUGGCCGCGGUGCUCGACGCGCUGCGCGGCCGGUUCGGGCUGUCCGCGUGCCCGGAGGUGUCCAUCGAGAUGGACCCCGGCACGUUCGACGCGGCCAAGCUGCGGGAGCUGGUGGGCGUGGGCGUGAACCGGGUCUCGCUCGGCGUGCAGGCGUUCCAGGAGGAGCUGCUCCGGGCGUGCGGCCGCGCGCACGGCCUGCGGGAGGUGCACGAGGCCGUCGGGAUCGUGACCGGCAACAUGGCACCACGUCCCAGCUAUACGCCUGGUGUAUUUCCUCUCCCAAAUGAGACAGACUCUGCGAACUUCUACAAGAUAGCUUCGAAACGGCUUUCUGAAGCAGGAUAUCAACACUACGAGAUCAGUAGCUACUGCAAGCCUGGUUACGAGUGCAAGCACAACGUAACAUACUGGCAAAACAGGCCGUUCUAUGCGUUUGGCCUUGGAUCAGCAAGCUACAUCAACGGUGUCAGGUACUCGAGGCCCAGAGGAAUGAAGAACUACGCAGAUUGGGUUCAGAAGCUGGAAGACGGCACCUGGUGCCAUGAGUCCAGCGUCUCCGAGACGAAGGAUAUGGCUAUGGACUCGGUGAUGCUAUCACUGAGAACAGCUCGCGGGCUAGAUCUGCACAGUUUCAGUAAAUCUUUUGGAGAGGGCCUGACACGGUCAUUGUGUGAUACGUUCAGGCCUUUUGUUGAGAGUGGGCUGGUGAUUCCCAUGGACAAGGAGCGAGAGGCCCUGCAGUUCAGUGAGUUUGAGUCGGAUUUGGAAAGCGAGGGAGAGAUGACCGGGAGCAGGGUGGCCUUCCUCCGUCUGAGUGACCCGGAUGGAUUUCUGCUGUCCAACGAGUUGAUCUCGCUUGCCUUUGGGACUAUUUCGCCAUGA